GCCAAGUCAAAGAUCCCAAGUCUUGGGGCCGGACCGGAGCAAAAGCACAGCGGUAAGGGGUUUGCAUUGCACGUGGCCAACACAGGUCGGACCCUGUGGCAUGAUGGCGGCCUUGAGGUCGCUGUACUGGCUCCGGUCGCUGCGGCCCACGGCUGGGCUCGGAUUGCAGAACCAGCCCAGCAGGGGUGCCCGGCAAUGGCAGCCCGACGUAGAAUGGGCAGAGCAGUUUGGGGGAGCGGUCAUGUAUCCCAGCAAGGAAACAGCCCACUGGAAGCCCCCACCUUGGAACGAUAUGGACCCCCCAAAGGACAAGCUGGUGUCGAACCUGACUCUGAACUUCGGGCCCCAACACCCCGCAGCCCAUGGGGUCCUGAGGCUGGUGAUGGAGCUGAGUGGGGAGAUGGUGCGCAAGUGUGACCCCCACAUUGGGCUGCUGCACCGGGGCACAGAGAAGCUCAUCGAGUACAAGACAUACUUACAGGCGCUGCCCUACUUUGACCGGCUAGACUACGUGUCCAUGAUGUGCAAUGAGCAGGCCUACUCACUGGCCGUGGAGAAGCUGCUCAACAUUCAGCCUCCGCCCCGGGCACAGUGGAUCCGAGUGUUGUUUGGGGAGAUCACCCGGAUCCUGAACCACAUCAUGGCUGUGACCACACAUGCCCUGGACAUUGGGGCCAUGACCCCCUUCUUCUGGAUGUUCGAGGAGCGGGAGAAGAUGUUCGAGUUCUACGAGCGGGUGUCUGGGGCACGAAUGCACGCAGCAUAUGUGCGUCCUGGAGGUGUCCACCAGGACCUGCCACUUGGGCUCAUGGAUGACAUUUAUGAGUUCUCAAAGAACUUCUCCCUGCGGAUUGACGAGGUGGAAGAGAUGCUCACCAAUAACCGGAUCUGGAAGAACCGGACGGUGGAUAUCGGGGUGGUGACUGCUGAGGAUGCACUCAACUAUGGCUUCAGUGGGGUGAUGCUGAGGGGCUCUGGUAUCCAGUGGGACCUGCGGAAGACGCAGCCUUAUGACGUGUAUGACCAGGUGGACUUCGAUGUGCCCAUUGGCUCGAAUGGGGACUGCUAUGACCGGUACCUGUGCCGGGUGGAGGAGAUGCGCCAGUCCCUGCGCAUCAUCGAACAGUGUCUAAACAAGAUGCCUCCUGGCGAGAUCAAGGUGGAUGAUGCCAAAGUGUCGCCUCCAAAGAGGGCAGAGAUGAAGAGAUCCAUGGAAUCACUGAUCCAUCACUUUAAGCUCUACACUGAGGGUUAUCAAGUGCCUCCCGGGGCCACCUACACUGCCAUCGAGGCCCCCAAGGGAGAGUUUGGAGUGUACUUGGUGUCUGAUGGCAGUAGCCGCCCCUACCGCUGCAAGAUUAAGGCUCCGGGCUUUGCUCAUCUGGCCGGCUUAGACAAGAUGUCUCAGGGACACAUGCUGGCCGACGUAGUUGCCAUCAUAGGAACCCAGGACAUUGUGUUUGGGGAAGUGGAUCGAUGAGCGGCAUGGAAGCUCAGUGCUGCCCUCAUCAGCCUCCUAUGGAAAUGAGGGAGGAGCAGAGGAGCGGGAACUCAGCCUGUUACUCAGACCGAAUUUUAUAAACUAGCCGCCUACGGCCCCAAGCCAA